AGAUUCGCCCCGCAGACGGUCGUGAUGCCCGUGAUGAUGAUGAUGAUGUCAUCCGAGAUUCGCCACUGCUGCUGCUGCUGCCGCCGCCGCUGAGCGGGCCGCUGCCGCUGCACCACGUCCAGCCCCCGCCCCGCCGCGCCCCGCCGAGCGCUAGGCCGCAAGCUCGAGCCGCGAGAGGACAGAGGGGACAGACACACGGCAGUGUAUCCGAGUGCUCCGCCCCGCUCUGCUCCGAGCACCGCAGCAGCAGCAAGUGCUCAGUGAAAGUGAAAAGCCCGCGUGAGUCGGAAUGGAGGCUGUGAUUGCUGAGGCUGCGGCCGCGCCGCAAGGCUCCCGCCAGGCCAACGGCGCCGCCGCCCCCGCGGCCGCCCCCACCGCCCUUGCCACCAGCAAGACCCUGCCGCACCUGCCCAAGCGCGAGCCCGUCGAGGUCAAGUUCCAGGACCUCGCCUACACCGUCAGCCUAGGUUUCCGUAAGGGUCAGAAAGAAAUUAUCCGAGUCAAUGGCCGGUUUUGCCCGAGUCAGCUCAUUGCGAUCAUGGGCCCGUCUGGUGCCGGCAAGUCCACCCUCCUCGACAUAUUAUCAGGAUACAGGAUCAGUGGCGUUACCGGGAACGUGAUGGUGAACGGGCGGCCGCGCAACCUGGACAGGUUCAGGCGGAUGUCCUGCUACAUCCAGCAGGACGACAGGCUGCACUCGCUGCUCACCGUGCAGGAGAACAUGUCCCUGGCGGCCGAGCUCAAGCUGACGCGAGCAGUCCCGAGGGCGGAACACCAGGCCAUCACUAUGACGCAUAUGCGGCUGUUUGUGAACGUGAUCGUCGGCCUUCUCCUCGGCAUCCUGUUCUGGCAGGCCGGGGACGAGGGCUCCAGAGUGCUGGACAACUGGAACCUGCUCUUUACCAUCCUAAUUCACCACAUGAUGACCACCAUGAUGCUCACCGUGCUCACAUUCCCCACCGAAAUGCAAAUCCUUAGGAAAGAACACUUCAACAGAUGGUAUUCGCUGAAGUCUUACUACAUGUCCAUCAACAUCUUGGAGCUGCCCGUGUCGAUCGUAUGCUGCACAGUAUUCACCGUCAUCGUGUACCUCAUGAGCGCGCAGCCCCUGGAGUGGGUUCGGUUCGGCGUGUUCCUGGGCAUCAGCAUCCUUGUCGUCCUGGUGGCGCAGACCGUCGGCCUGCUGGUGGGCGCCCUCUUCAGUGUCGUGAACGGCACCUUCCUGGCGCCCACCUUGUCCGUGCCCAUGAUGAUGUUUGCCGGGUUCGGCGUGAGCCUCAAGGACAUGCCCGACUACCUCAAGUGGGGGCCGUACGUCUCGUACCUGCGCUACGGGCUGGAGGGCUACGUCGGCUCCAUCUACGGCCGCAACAGGACGACUCUGGGGUGCGCCGACCAGCCCGGCAAGGACUUUAGCUACUGCCACUACAAGUACCCGACCAAGUUCCUGAAGGAGAUCUCCAUGGACGGCGAGAUGUACGUGAUGGACCUGAUCAUCCUCGGCGUCAUCCUGCUGGUGCUCAGGCUCUCCGUGUACCCGCUGCUGCGCUGGAAGCUGUUCGCCAUGAGAUGAGCGGGCUGGUGCCAUGUACCGCCUUUCCUUAGUGAUCCAAGUUACCUGAUGACAAUUGUGCCCACCGUGGCGGUGCAAGCCACCCGACUUGACUAGUCGCAAACGCAGACAUUUGAAAGUGCCAAGACAAACUGUCAUCACAUUAUGUGAAUCAAGUACUUCGUUUUCGUUUUUCAUUUUAUACUAGAAAACCGUGUCCGUCCGUGUCGUCAGUGAGUGUUUUACGCCGGACGAUUUAAUUUGUACACCCUCGCGUGUUGUUGAUACGUCUGCUUUUCUUUUUGUUCUUAAAAAUACGAUAUUGUUGAUAUUGUAACGCGUUACAAGCGUAAAUUAGGUGGUCGAGUCGUACCACGUGAUAUAUGUUAUUGAGAUUGAAGGUCGGCUACCCUUGUCCACGUGGUUAGGCGUCGAAGGGAGCGUUUGCCACCAAAGCAUGAAACCUGAUUCUGACCUAAACUCGCUGUCGACGGGUGGGUAGUUUCGUCUGCCCCGACCCUGGCGACCCCGACCCUGGCCGCGACCACGGGAAGGAAGUCGCCUUCGCUGUAGUUAACUUAUUUGUGUGUACCGUCAGGUCGGUGUGCGAGCGCCUGCGAUCAAAUCGCAGGCGCGAAUCUGUCUGUGAUGUCCCCUAUCGUGUGUAGACAAGGAUUCAAGCCUCGAGUCCUAAUUGUAUUUUCUAAUUUAUUUAAACGAAUUUUUUUGUGGCGUACAGUUUACUUCUUAGCGUAAUUGGUAGCAUCACGUUGAAGGAACUUUAGAGAGAAGUCGCGUCCUAGCGAGACGUACUGCUCUCUCGAUGUUUUUCACUUUUUAAAUGUAAUGUAUGUCAUAGUUGUAAGCGGCGUAAGAGAAUGUCCAGCUAUCACCAUCAAAGAGAUUUCCAUUGUUGUCUUGUACACGAACAAUUGCUCAAUACCAGUAUGAUAGAAGUAUGAUUCUACUAGUAACACAUGUGUAUAUAUUAUAUUGUUAACUAUGUUUGUCUUAAGUUAUGUUACAAUUAAAAAAAUGCGCUUAUUAAUACUCUA